AUAAUUCCUAAUUUCAUUUUCAUGUUUUCCUCUAUCCCGACCCGGACAACUUGCGGAACAGCGGACAGCGGUGGAGCCGUGGAGUGACUACGUGAGCCAGACCGGCUGUGGACUGGGGACGGCUCAGCUGAGUAUAUAAACAUAAAUGCCUGAGACGAGAAAUUAAAGCAAGAAAAAGAGAUAAAUGAGGAGUAUGGCAGCCGGCCUGUUACCGGUAGGAACGGGAGUAGGACCAGUGGUGUCGAUGAUGGUUGUCCCAAAAUCAAAUCUUCGGCCUUGCUAUCAACCGCUUGUCUUUACCCCCCAUCCAAGUCUCAGUCACAAUAAUAGUACUAAUAGGUUGUUAUGUCGCUGCAAUGCCACUUCACUCUCCUCCGAAGCUGAAGGGGAUGUGUUCUCAGUCAUCACUUCUUCUAACAGAUCCGAAGUGGACUACCUUGGUCAAAGCACUAAAGGCGACUUGAACCUCAAUUCCGGACUCAAUGGCCAGGCAACAUUGGAAGGCCCCAUUCAGGAAGUUGCCAAGGCAGAAACUCAGGAAGCUGAGCACUUGCUGCAACAGCUUGGCAUUGGGGGUCCAUUUUCCACAAGACAUUCACCCCGUGGCAUAUUUUGCAGUCGCACAUUGAAUCUGCGGUCAAUCAGUGCGAUUGGAUAUGAUAUGGACUAUACUCUUAUACACUAUAAUGUUAUGGCUUGGGAGGGAAGGGCUUAUGAUUAUUGUAUGGACAAUUUGAAAAAUAUGGGCUUUCCUGUGGAUGGGCUUGCUUUUGACCCUGAAUUGGUCAUUAGAGGGCUUGUUAUUGAUAAAGAGAAAGGUAAUCUGGUUAAAGCAGACCGUUUUGGAUAUGUUAAGAGAGCUAUGCAUGGAACAAGUAUGUUAUCUACUCGAGAAGUGAGUGAGAUAUAUGGGAGAGAGCUGGUGGAUUUGCGGAAGGAGAGUCGAUGGUUGUUCCUCAAUACACUAUUCUCUGUUUCAGAAGCUGUAGCUUAUAUGCAGAUGGUAGAUAGAUUAGAUGAAGGAAUCAUAGCAGCAGAGCUUGGCCCACUUGAUUAUAAAGGGCUUUACAAGGCUGUUGGUAAGGCACUCUUCGCUGCACAUGUGGAAGGACAACUGAAGACUGAGAUAAUGUCUAAACCUGAACUAUUUGUUGAGCCUGAUCCUGAGCUACCCUUGGCGCUGUUGGAUCAGAUGGAGGCUGGCAAGAGACUCUUGCUCAUUACCAAUUCAGAUUAUCAUUAUACGAACAAAAUGAUGCAACAUUCCUUUAACCGAUUCCUUCCGAAUGAUAUGAGUUGGCGAGAUCUAUUUGACAUGGUUAUAGUCUCAGCCAGGAAACCAGAAUUCUUCCAAAUGUCACACCCUAUGUAUGAAGUCGUGACUAGUGAAGGUCUAAUGCGUCCAUGUUUUAAGGCUCACCCAGGUGGCUUAUACUCUGGAGGAAGUGCUCAGAUGGUUGAAAAUUCACUCGGCAUUCAUGGAGAUGAAAUAUUGUAUGUUGGUGAUCAUAUAUAUACAGAUGUUAGCCAAUCCAAAGUCAAUCUGCGAUGGAGGACAGCAUUGAUUUGCAGAGAACUUGAAGAAGAGUAUAAUGCAUUGAUUCGUAGUCAAGGUCAUCGAGCAUUGCUGAUGGAGCUAAUUAGUCAGAAGGAGGUUGUAGGAGGUCUCUUUAACCAACUUCGGCUUGCUCUGCAGAGGAGAACAAUGGAGCGACCUGCACAAACUCUUGCUGCUACCAAUAUGGAUGAUAAAGAACUCACUGAAAGCAUUCAGAAGCUACUUAUUGUUAUGCAAAGACUGGAUGAGAAGAUUGCUCUGAUGUUAGAAGCAGAUGGAGAGCAUUUUAACAGAAGGUGGGGUUUCAUUUCACGGGCAGGCCUUUGGGACAAAAGCCACUUAAUGCGGCAAAUUGAGAAGUAUGCUGAUAUUUAUACAUCAAGGGUUUCAAAUUUUCUCCAAUAUACACCUUUCAUGUAUUUCCAUGCUCAAGAACAGUCUCUUGCUCAUGAUUCAUAUUCGUUCCACGGUCUAAGAGUUGAUAAAUCAGAUGAGGGCAAUGGCAACGGCAACAGAUAUUCUCUCUAAUAACAUCAUGUGCCGGUAGGUGCAAUCUGAAGUUGAUAACUGUAGCAUAUAAUCGAUAAUUCACUGUGUUGUACAAUGUGAAACUAGUGCUAGUACAACGGGGAUAACUGUAUUUGAAUUGUGUACCAAGGUAAAGAAAUUCAGUAUAGAUUUGCCUUAAUUUCUUCUUUU